AGGAAACGUUCCCCUCCCAAUCGGGUUGCGGGAACCUUUGUUUCUCGCUUCGGAUGCCGGUUAGGGCGGGGACGGGUUCGAAAAGAGCUGCGGAGCACGGACAGAGUGGCGGGGCGGAGCGGUGUUUGCAAUGGCUGCUACUGUGAACUUGGAACUCGAUCCCAUUUUUCUGAAAGCACUAGGUUUCUUACACUCCAAGAGUAAAGAUUCUGCUGAAAAACUAAAAGCGCUGCUUGAUGAAUCUUUGGCUCGGGGCAUUGAUUCAAGUUAUCGUCCAACUCAAAAGGAUGUGGAACCACCCAAAAUUUCAAGCACAAAAUCUAUUUCUAUCAAACAAGAGCCCAAAACAUCAUCCAGUCUCCCUUCCGGCAGUAGUAAUGGCAAAACCCUCACAACUGAAAAGAUAAAGAAAGACGCUGAGAAGAGACCUGCUGAUAAAAUGAAAGAUGUCACUGAAGGAGUUGAUGUUCCUAAGAAACCUAGAUUGGAGAAACCAGAGACCCGAUCUUCUCCCAUUACUGUACAAACCAGCAAGGAUUUAGCUAUGGCUGACCUCUCCAGCUUCGAGGAGACUAGUGCUGAUGAUUUUGCGAUGGAGAUGGGCUUGGCCUGUGUUGUUUGUAGACAAAUGACAGUGGCAUCUGGAAAUCAGCUAGUCGAAUGUCAGGAGUGCCAUAACCUCUACCACCAGGAUUGCCAUAAACCCCAAGUGACAGACAAAGAAGUGAAUGACCCUCGCCUGGUGUGGUACUGUGCCCGGUGCACCAGACAAAUGAAGAGAAUGGCUCAGAAAACUCAGAAGCCACCACAGAAGCCAGCUCCCACUGUUGUGUCUGUCGCUCCAGCUGUCAAGGAUCCGUUAGUGAAGAAAGCAGACACCAAACUUAAACAAGAGACAGCCUUCCUAGCAUUCAAGAGAACAGAAGUUAAGCCACCCACGGUUAUAUCAGGAAAUUCUUCUGGUAACAACGUGUCCUCUUCAGUAACUAGUGGCCUGACUGGAUGGGCAGCUUUUGCAGCCAAAACAUCUUCGGCUGGGCCAUCAACAGCAAAGUUGAAUUCAACAGCGCAAAACAACAGCGGAAAACCUGCCGCCUCAUCAGCUACCCAGAAGCCUGUGGGUUUGACGAGUCUGGCAACAUCAUCCAAAGGUGGAAUGGGUUCCAAAAUGGGCUCUGGUAACUGCUCUUCCCCGACUGUACCAUUAAAACCACUUCCACCUCUAACCUUAGGCAAGACUGGCCUGAGUCGCUCAGUUAGCUGUGAUAACGUCAGCAGAGUGGGCCUUCCCAGCCCCAGUAGUUUAGUUCCUGGGGGCAGUGGGCAGUUGAGUGGGAAUGGAGGCAGUGCGACUUCGGGGCCCAGCGGAAGCGCCACAAGCAAAACCACGCCAGAACCCAGCAGCAGUGCCUCAGCGUCUCUUAAAGGCCCAACUUCACAGGAAUCACAGCUCAACGCUAUGAAGCGAUUGCAGAUGGUCAAGAAGAAAGCUGCCCAAAAGAAACUCAAGAAGUAGUAUGACGAGAUAGGUUUUUAUAUCAAUUAUUGCUCUAAAGAUUAAAAAAAAAUAUCCUUAUUGGGACAAAAAGAUAUACUGUAACUUAAUAAAAAUCUUGAUGA